AUGUCAGCAGUGGUGGUGGUGCAUGGGGGGGCGUGGGCCAUACCUGAGGACCUGGCCAAGGCCUCUGUGGAUGGAGUGAAGGCUGCAGCACGUCAAGGAUCUUCUGUGCUGAAAGGAGGAGGAAGUGCUCUGGAUGCUGUAGAGGCAGCCGUGAUGGCUCUGGAGGAUAACCCUGCGUUUAAUGCAGGGCAUGGAGCUGCGCUAAAUGCUGAAGGAGAAGUGCAGCUUGAUUCCAUUAUCAUGGAUGGAAGGACACUUGCCAGUGGUGCCGUGGCUUCAGUGAAUAACAUCGCCAAUCCUGUGUCACUGGCACGGGCAGUGAUGGAAAAGACAUCCCAUAUCAUACUGACAGGCAGAGGUGCAAACCUGUUUGCAGAGAGUAUCGGCAUGGCCACCGUCCCCACUGAUGAACUGGUGACUGAGUAUGAGAGGAAAGAGUGGGACAAAAAAAACAACUGUCUAGCUGGAGUUAUGGAGGAUUUCAAUUCUCAGUGGGCCCAUGAUACUGUUGGGGCGGUCGCUGUGGACUCUGAUGGUAACGUGGCGUGUGCAACAUCAACUGGAGGCCUCAGAUAUAAAAUGGUUGGCAGAGUGGGAGAUUCUCCCAUCAUUGGCUCUGGAGGAUAUGCAGACAACCUCAGUGGUGCAGUGUCGUGUACCGGCCAUGGAGAAUCUAUUCUCAAAGUGACAUUGGCCAGACUCAUUCUUUCACAUGUUGAACAAGGUAAAUCUCUAGCAGAUUCUUCCCAGUUGUCUCUGCGGUACAUGGGACACCGUGUCCGUGGUGCAGGAGGCGCUAUAGCCGUUUCUCCGUCAGGACAGUGGGCAGCAACGUGUACCACAGAGCGAAUGGCCUGGGCAGCAGUGGAUCAGGAUGUUCUGUGGUAUGGAUUACAACCAAAGGAAAGACUGAAUGAAAAGUUAUGCCCAGUGGCGAGCCCUGCUAAGCUACCUGUAAACAGAAGCCACGUGACAAGCAGCGCUGCCUGUCAGGGCUUUGCAGCAGCAGGACGAAUGACGGCCGAGUUGGAGGAAGUUACUGGGAGCAGCUGUGCUAGUAUGUAA